UGGAGCUGGCGGCAGAGGUGAGCCUGGUCGCUACCACCCGGCUGGCCCCAGGACUGGGGAGCACCUGCUGCAGAGAGGACGCUGCUGCCGGCCACCUGUGAAACCUGCCCCCGCAUCCCUUACCUGCUCGCCUUCUUCGGAGACCCAUCCUCUGCGGCGAGGAGAAACUGACUUCCCUGGGGCACCAGGUACGCUUCCGGGAGAUCAUGGCCCACAUGGGGGACUGCAGGUGGAUGUCCUGGCUUCCGGUGCUGGUGGUGUCUCUGAUGUGCUCAGCCAAGGCAGAGGAAUCCAGCUGUGGCGAGAAUGAAUACCACAACCAGACUACGGGGCUGUGCCACCAGUGUCCUCCCUGCAGGCCAGGGGAGGAGCCCUACAUGUCCUGCGGAUACGGCACCAAAGAUGACGACUAUGGCUGUGUGCCCUGCCCCGCAGAGAAGUUCUCCAAAGGAGGUUACCAGAUAUGCAGGCGCCACAAGGACUGUGAGGGCUUCUUCCGGGCCACCGUGCUGACACCAGGGGACAUGGAAAACGACGCCGAGUGUGGCCCCUGUCUCCCUGGCUACUACAUGCUGGAAAACAGACCCAGGAACAUCUACGGCAUGGUCUGCUACUCCUGCCUCUUGGCACCUCCCAACACCAAGGAAUGUGUGGGAGCCACCUCUGGGGUUUCCGCCCACUCCUCCAGCACGUCUGGGGGCAGCACCUUGUCCCCCUUCCAGCAUGCUCACAAAGCAGAGCUCUCGGGCCAAGGACACCUGGCCACCGCCCUGAUUAUUGCCAUGUCUACCAUCUUCAUCAUGGCCAUCGCCAUCGUCCUCAUCAUCAUGUUCUACAUCAUGAAGACUAAGCCUUCAGCUCCAGCCUGCUGUACCAGUCCCCCAGGAAAGAGCCCAGAAGCCCCAGCUAGCACACAUGAAGAGAAAAAGGAGGCCCCAGACAGUGUGGUGACUUUCCCUGAGAAUGGGGAAUUCCAGAAGCUGACAGCAACACCCACGAAGACCCCCAAGAGUGAGAACGACGCCUCCUCUGAGAACGAGCAGUUGCUGAGUCGCAGUGUGGACAGUGAUGAGGAGCCAGCCCCGGACAAGCAGGGGUCCCCAGAGCUGUGUCUGCUGUCGCUAGUUCACCUGGCCAGGGAGAAGGCUGCAGCCAGUAACAAGUCUGCUGGGAUCCAAAGCCGGAGGAAAAAGAUACUGGACGUGUAUGCCAACGUGUGUGGUGUUGUUGAAGGUCUCAGCCCCACAGAGUUGCCGUUCGACUGCCUUGAGAAGACCAGCCGGAUGCUCAGCUCCACAUACAACUCUGAGAAAGCGGUCGUGAAGACGUGGCGCCACCUUGCCGAGAGCUUUGGACUCAAGAGGGAUGAGAUUGGGGGCAUGACUGAUGGCAUGCAGCUCUUUGACCGCAUCAGCACCGCGGGCUACAGCAUCCCAGAGCUGCUCACGAAGCUGGUGCAGAUCGAGCGGCUAGAUGCUGUGGAGUCCCUGUGCGCAGACAUACUGGAGUGGGCCGGGGUGGUGCCGCCUGCCUCCCCGCCCCCAGCUGCAUCCUGAGGAGUGUGCCCUGGACUGUCCUCCCUGGGACCAGCUGGGGAUCCAAUGAGGGCCUCUGCAGCUGUGAGUGGUGCCAUCAGACUGCCAAAACUCAAGGCUUUUCCUGGUGGGUUGACGUAUUCCUUAGGCUGACCUAAGGAGCCUGUUGAGCACUCAAAUGAACAUGUGGGGAUGACACGGGUGAAGAAUCGGAUCCUGUCUUUAAGGAAGCCCUUGGUGGGCGACAGAGGGCAUGCUACAGACCAUAUCACUAGCACAUCAAAUAGGCUAAAUGAAGGGAUGCUGAGAAAAUGUAGCGAAAGCUCUAAGAAGGGUGAUGGCUUCUCGUGGAGUUGAGAAAUGGGGGCAUCCUUAUGAAGAAAAUAGCUUGACAGCUUUAGUAAAAUGGCUACGAAGUCCAGCCAUCCCAGUUCCUGCAUUGCUUCAGACGGAGCAGUUUGUUGGCGUGCUCUACGGUUCCAGGGGUAACUUGACCUGUGUUUGCAGUCGCCCACAGUGACAGAAGCCUUGCAGUUACUAGUGGAAGAACGUGCGGUAUGUCACUGGCACACAAGGCGUGUCUGCCCAGCCGAACCCAAGUGUGGGCAGAUCUGGCCUCUAGUAUCACUCACAGACACAAGCAGUUACAAUGUGUCAGGCUGUUUUUACUUCAAACAGGUGUGUGUUCUCUCUAGAAAGGGAAAUGGUGACUUCCUAAGAGUUUGACCAUGCCUGAUUCUAGACUUCAGGAGUGGCCAAAAUUCGUGGAUGAGGCUUGUGUGAGUUCAGACACAGCAUCCUGAGCCAGUGAGGGAUGGUGGAGCCUGAGGUGCAGUACAGCCCUGGGGCCUGGAUCCUGACCCUGGUGGAGUCAUCCUAGGGGGCUGUCUUCUCCUCCCCAAGACUGAGCUUUUCUCCUGCAAAUGAGAGCUUGGUCUUCAUGUUUGUGGUCAGGAAAGUUAAGGCUCAGGUGAGCAAAAGAAAAUGGAGGCAGGACAGGAGAGGCCAAGGGAGCCUCCAUGGGGUAAAUACAGUGUGGGCGGCCACACAAAAUGAGAGUAUAAGGUAAACUCAUAUCCGGUAUUCUCAUGUAAGGGCAAUUGUAGGACAGAGCAUUUACAGAGACAAAACUUAUAAAUGGGCAUUGUUCUUGGCAGAUUCUUACUUCACCUCUAACUGCCAAGAAAUGGGAAGUUGGGGAGCUUUCCCGCCAGGGGGUUAAUGCCCAACCGGCUGCUGGGCUCCCUCCUGAAGGCUGACGGUAGUGAUCAUUAAAUUACAAUAAAGCCUCUGAUUUAGAAUGCUGUGGGUUGGCUUUUCGUUUGUUUUUUAAAGUCAUAGGACUGAACAAAAGCUUUUGGGGUGGGAAUCGGUGGUAUAUUUAAAACCAUCAAGCAAUUUCCUACCAUUGAAUAUAGAACAGACUGUGAGAGGACCAUUGUUAGGUCCUGAAUAUUUAAUAUGAUCAUUUUACUGUGUCCGUUUGUGCUGCUUGUUUUUUUUUUUUUUUAAGAUGGUGUUUGCUGUAUCCUGCAAGUUAAACAGUCUGUUUAAUUAUCCUUUUAAUUCCUCUUUGAGAUCCCGCAGUGCCCCUUACCCCUGGUCUUCAGUAAUGAUGCUGAGCUUCCCCUUAAUUAGACUGUAAAUGUCAUCUGUGAUGAGUGAGCAGGUCUAGGACAGCAGGCUCCUCUCCUCCCAACUGUCCUUCUGGUGAAGAAUGGGCAGCUGCAGUCGACAGUGUGGGCCGGCUUCAGUUCACCCUAUUAGAUUUCAGGGCUUGAGGGCAGCCAGCAUCCAUGUUGUUUCAUUGACUCCCAGCUUGCUGAUUUAGGGGAGCUAGUCCCUUGUCAUUUACUUUAUUUGGCAAUAAAUCCAGGAAGGGUUUGCUACAAUGAGCUUUGCCUAUGCUGUAGAAAUCAGAACCAACAAGACCGUCACGAUUCUCACUGACCAAUGCUGGCACUCCAUGCUGCCAUUUUUGUCUGGAGACUGUCAUUAUUUUUCAGUACUUAAAAGUAUUUAGUAAACACCCAGGCUAGGCCUGAGGCCCUUAGCCGGUGAAGUCGUAAUUGUGAAUAUUUUAUGUAAUUGUUUAUAUAACUUAUUAUAUUUUUAUAAGAUCAAUAAACGUGUUAAUAAAAAGAAGGCUACAGAUUGGUAUCCCGUGAACUCUUAUUGAGUGGUGCGGUGUGAGUGGAGAAGGCCUGACUGCUGUGUUCCUGGUCAUUGUAUUGUGUGUGAUGAGACUAUGGGGUUGUGGCCAUCCAUAAAUAAGGUACAUAAAUGUUAGAGCAGGAAGGUGUUCACUAACAGGAGCAGGCACAUCUGGGGAAUACGUGAAAACAUCGUGGGACACUGUUUUCCAUGUGGCCACCAUUAGUUAUAAACAACACGUUAGCUGCUAUGAUGGUGUUACUACCAAAUACAGUGUCUUAGAGCACAGUCGUUUCUGUCUGGCUUGGGGUUCAGUAAGGGCUAGUGGGGUCAACUGGCCUGGGCUGUGCUCAGGCUUCUGUCUGCUGGAAAACCUUGAAAAGGGCAGUUCUGCUCCGUCAUCCCUCAUCCUCCUCCAUAAACCAGCUGGAGGCAAGGAGCAGGAAGGAGGCCGUGUGAAAGGUUGGGCUCAGAACUGGCUCCCUGUCCUUCCUGGCUCAUCCCACUGGCAAAGCAAAUCAAGUGGCCAAACCCGGAGGUAAGAGUAAGGAAGGAGACUACCCCAGUGUACAAGGAGAGAACAAGUAACAAUGAGCAUGGGGAAUCAGAGGACGUGUCAAUCAGCCGCAAACACUCAACAGCAGCAGCUGAGUUGUUAGGCAUCUUGUUGGUGUCCAGAGAGUUGGAUGGAGAAAUGCUCAUUGCAAGGGAACAAAACCUGUCGGGUGUCAGAAUGGUCCAGAUAUCAGAAAAUUUUGUUUCCCUUAGCAGGAGCAUAAUUUUAAAAUCCCAGUGUGGAGAUAAGGUGAAAAUGCGAAGAGAGGGCUGAACCUAUAAGCCCGACAGUCACCCCAAACAUGCACAUCACACAUCCUAGAAACACCUCACGUUUCCAAGGACACGGGCUGCUGGUGUUCCUGUAUGCAUCUUUCUCCUUGGCACCACUGGCAUGGCUUACAUUUUGAUUAGGGACCAUGUUCCUCUUCUGAACAGCAACGUCAAGCCUCUUCUCUAUGCCUCAGUUUCUUCUCUAUAUAUGGGGUAAUAAUAAUAAUAACACGUUUCUUUUGGGGAUUGUUGUGUAAAUCAAGUAACAAAUACAAAGCACUUCCCCUAGCACGUGAUGUUCAAUAAAUGUGCACGAUAGUCACAGCAUUAUUAGCUGUUCUUUCAGGCUAUGGAAACUAAUAAGCUUACUGCAACAUUUUCUAAGUAGGUUUUGGUUAACAAAGAUUAUUGUAGGACUUGCUGGGAUCACCACUAGAAGCAUUAGUCUUGGCGUAGGAUAGAAGGGAAGAGGAGGUUGGCUGGACUCUGGCACACAGAUUCUGUCCUUCCCCAGUGGGGAAGUUGCAGCCCUUUCACAGAAGACUCUCUGUCUCCAUGCCCUGCAGGCCCUAGACCAUGGAAUCUACUGUAGGAGAGGUUCAUGGCUCCCUCAUGCCACAGAGAGUACUUCUGUCUUUAAAUCCACUUUUCAAAUGCCAGAGACAACUGCCGUGAACUAACCUGACCUCUAAGAACAUACCAAACAUCCUACAGUUCAUUUGCAACUCAAAAUUCAGUGUACAACAUAGAUAAAAGAGUCCUUCAAAGUUGCAGUACAUCAAACAAAUGUGGUUACUUUGACUUUUAUACCUAAAGCUAUGGUAUCUGGAGAGGGUUGAGACAACCCCCUACAGUGUUGUAUGGCCUCGGCCUGCACAGUUACAGAGACCUGGUCUUUAGUGGCAUUGUGUGUCGGAUGUAUCUUUAUCAGUAGUUUCUGUGGUACUUCUUCAGGAAGGGGAACUUAACACAAGCAAGACAAGCUAUGCUCACACUAGCAGGGUAGUUCAUUGGGCAUGGAUGAGUCUAGGAAGGCCUGGUCUUCAGAUAUUGCUGUACGAAGUCUGAUGAUACCUGGAGGAAGUAUAUAGGCCCAGGGAUGAAGGAGGCAGGUGUUGGCUCCACUCCCACCUGCUACCUUAACAUCUCAUCACCUCAAUAUUACUAGGGUCUUACUUGGAUGACCCCACCCCGAUUAUUAUUGCUCUGUAUUUGGGGGGGGGAUUAUCAAUAUAAUGGAUCGUGGUCCUGUUCUAACCCCCGAGGAAUUGUAGUUGCAGGUAUGGCUGUAGGGUCUGGUCUUGAGCAUUGCAGCUGUGUGAACUUGGACCUGGUACACAGUGUCAGACCUCACUGCCCAGCUACCUGCAGGAAAUGUGUGUUGUGUUCUCUGAAGCUCCCCAGUCUACCUGAAGCCUCUCUCCACACUGCUCUCCGCUCUGACCCUUUGUCAGAGCACACACCUUAGAGAUUGUACAGAUCUGCAGCAGAACCAAAUUACAUUUAACUUCUGCUAAGUGUCCCCGCCCCCUACCCAGACCCAGAGACAUUGACCAGAUUUGC